GCGCUACUGUAUAUACCGUGUCACUGGUUUCACUCCCGUGAUGAUAUACAAGGCGCGAGGUACGAGUACAAGGCCUGACAAGGCCCGACAAGGCCGUUAGGGGCAACUUGGUUUCCCAUCUGACUGCGCAAGAUUAUUCGAGACCGACGCGAGUCUUGCUGAUUAUGGCUUCGAAAGUUACGCUUUCCCAGACUCUGGGAACAGAUGGGAAUGAUUACAGUCAUCGACAGAAAAUCGCCACACACUACCAAAUCAGUGCGACAAACAAAUCAAGACUUAAGUAUUGUAUAUUUUUUCAUUACCUAUUAUUUUUCGUCAUGCUCGCCAAACUGUCUGCAGAUAUAUUAGAUCAUCUGGAUAUAUUUAUCUUAGAAAUUGAAGAAUUACAAAUACCACAGCCAUUAUGGUGGGAAUACAUAUGGUGCACUAGUUUGUUAUUAUCUUUUCUCGGUCUCUCUGCGUUAAAAAAAACUAAGAUCAAAACACUGCAGAAAUAUAUGAUAGGUAUCAUUUUGCUAGGUUAUGGUCCAUUACUUUAUGCCAUAGUAUAUUAUUUUAAGGAUGUCUGGACAUAUUUGACUGUAGGCGAAUCUGAAGACAUUCAUUUGUGGCAGAGCCUACCAUAUGGUGUACUUUGGUAUGGUUUUAUUCUUUUAGCCUCACAAGUUCAUAGUUUCUCAUUGUAUUUUUCAUGGAAUUUGCUAGUCGCAUGGAAAAUGCGAGGUGCCAAAAAAAUGGACUAAGCUCGAGAAGCAAUUUCGAGAGCAAUUGACUCUCCAAAAAUUAUGUUUAUAUAAACUAUGGAUGUGCAUCUUGUAAUGUGAGUUGGUACGAUGCUGUUUACGAUAAAAAAGAAAAAAUACACUAUUGUUUUGUGCAAGAACUGUAAAAUCUAGAAAAAGAAAUGUAUAUGAAUGAGAGAAUAUCAUUGCAUUUGUGUAUAUACAUAUAUGUAUGUAUGUAUGCCACGUGCGCGUAUAAAAGAGAGAGAAAGAAUAAAGAUACAUACUACACACAGGAAUUAAACAUACAUUUUAUUAAAAUAAUACGUUAUUAUAAAUGUUUAUUGCAUGCAUUAAUGGAUGAUUUGAACAUGCUAUUUAUAUCUACCUAUCUCACUCCUUUCCCCUUUCUUUCUCUCUCUAUUUUUAAAAGAUGCAGUUAGUAUUCUCAUUAAGCUUAUUCUUCUUGGUUGAACUUAUUGCACAUUGAAGGAAAAAA